GAUCGCGCGCGCGCCCUUCCCCCACAGCACUGUCUCUGACUGACUCGCUGCAGAUGAGAUGAAUGAAUGAACUAACAAAAGUCUUGUGAGCUCUAGUUUACAGCAGACCUGCACGUUUUGAAUAUUCUUAUUUGUAAUUCUCUUAAAAACUUUAUGAUGUGGUGUUAUUUUAUAAAAAUAAGUGCACACCGGGUACUUUUUGCUCUUUUAAACCAGUGCUUGUACGGACAUGCGCACUGGUUCGUAGUUUGAGGUGGGUGCUCGGUUAAAAAGUGAUCAUGUGCUCUGUCCACUAGAAAGACUAACUUCAUCACAUUUUUUUUUAAGUUUGAAGAAACAGUACUGUGGUUAAAACAAAUAUCAUUGCCACCAGAUAAUUUUCUAUUAGGCCAAAUAAAUGUAGUCACAAUUUCAACGUGAACUCCAAAUACGUAACUACGUCAUUUACGCAAGUCAGCGACGGUGGUGUUUUCCCGGGAAAUGCAGACACGUGACGAUGGAACGCGCGAAACAGACGACAAACAACCCACCAGGAGGAAAGAAAAACACAACACCGGUUUGGAUAUGAGGUCAUUUCAAGAAAGAAAGUCGCCAUGCUGGGAAAUAAAAGACGUAGGAAACCUCUGCAGGAUGCUGAGCAUCACAUUACCUGUAAAACUGACAAGCCUGGGCUUCGAGAGCAGUUCAUCAGCAAAUAUAAAGGCGGCCAGUCUCUUUUUUUCUGUAGCCACUCCAAAGUCCAAGUCACCCACGUCACCUUCAACCUCGCCUGUGCAGCCCUCAUCAUCCUCGCCUGCCUACAGAGGAGGAGAGUGCAUCAACAAAGCUGCUUGCGAAUGUGGCAUAAAGAACCCUGAUGCACUGUCAUCAACUAGGCUCAGGAAACACAUAGCAACCAUGUCUAAAAUUCUUAACCUUAAUGAGAAUGAAGCAGACCAACUGGCUGAUUUCCUUGGUCACGAUAUCAGAAUCCACAGACAGUAUUAUCGGUUACCAGAGGGAACACUGCAGCUGGCAAAAAUGAGUAAAGUCCUAAUGGCCAUGGAGAAAGGAACACUGUCUGACUACAAAGGAAAGAAACUUGAUGACAUUGAAAUCGACCCAAAUGAGCAACUUGAGGCCCAAGGUGAUUCCAUGUCAAGUGAUGAGGAGGAUUCCAGUGACCUAUCUCAGACACCAGCACCAGUACAGGCUGAUCAACCUGUUCAAUCUGAACAAGCUGUUUCACAGGAGGAUCAAGGUUCUUCAAAUGCUCCAAAAAAGAAAUGGGAGGACAGUGAGGUAAAAGCAGUAGAGAGACACAUGAUGAGUUUCAUCAAGACAUGCAAAGUUCCUGGUAAGCAAGACUGUGAAAGAUGCAUUCACGCAGAGCCAGAAGCUUUGAAGCAGCGAACAUGGACUGGUGUGAAAAAUUAUGUGCGGAACAGGAUCACGACUCUUAAAAGAAAGGGUGGUUUGUAGGGAGGCACAAACACUUCAGCACUUUGCACAUUAUGCUCUUUUUGUAGGAAAUGGAGCUAAAUUAAAAGAAAUGAGGAUAAAGGUGUAGAAAUAUUUUGUGGAUGGAAUGAAACAGAAUAUAAAGUGAAAAGUUAGAGUAUAAGAAGGUUAAUGAAGAAGUAGAGGAUAGUAAGAGUCAAUUUUCUUUGUUCAGUUACAAUAUAGUUGGAUGAAAUGUCAUGUUAAACUUUUUGAUAUUUCUGUCAUAGAGGGAGGGGAGAAUGUAAAGAUGAUAAAAAAGGGAAGAGUGAAUAGCUGUGCUGGACAUGGGCUAUGGCUGGAUGUAACUGAUUGGUGAGAGUUGCUGUGUGCAGACGAGAGAAGCUGAAAACUGAG